UGAUGCAUUCUUGUCUUCCCAGUUUCUUUAGCAAAUGAUGCCUGGACUCUGAGGAUGCCGUGUGUACCAACAAGUUUGGAGCAGAGCCUGGACGUUGCUUGGUUGCCUGCCUCCCUGUGAAUGUGCGACCAUGUCUGUGAUGGUGGCAAGGAGGAAAGUGAUUCGGAAAUGGGAAAAGCUGCCGGGCAGGAACACCUUCUGUUGCGACGGUCGCAUCAUGAUGGCCCGGCAGAAAGGCAUCUUCUAUUUGACACUCUUCCUCAUUCUUGGCACUUGUGCCCUCUUCUUUGCUUUUGAGUGUCGAUACUUGGCAGUUCAGCUGUCUCCAGCGAUCCCUGUCUUUGCAGUGGUCCUUUUCUUGUUUGCAAUGGCCACACUCCUGCGGACAAGCUUCAGUGAUCCUGGGGUGAUCCCAAGAGCUCUGCCUGAUGAGGCAGCCUUCAUUGAAAUGGAGAUUGGUCCCACGCACUUGAGGUUGGCUUUGGAAUCAGUGAGCACAGCUGCAGCUAUUGGCACAGCAGGCUCUCUUGGCCUUCAUGAGGCGACGAAUGGAAGUGUGCCUCAGGGCCAGCGCCCACCCCCACGUAUUAAAAACUUCCAAAUCAACAACCAGAUUGUGAAGCUGAAGUAUUGCUACACAUGCAAGAUCUUCCGGCCUCCCCGUGCUUCACACUGCAGCAUCUGUGACAACUGUGUGGAGCGCUUUGACCAUCACUGCCCCUGGGUGGGCAACUGCGUGGGGAAGAGGAACUAUCGCUACUUCUACCUCUUCAUCCUUUCGCUCUCACUCCUCACCAUCUACAUCUUCACUUUCAACAUCGUCUACAUGGCACUCAAGUCCUUGAAGAUUGGCUUCCUGAACACUUUGAAAGAGACCCCAGGAACGGUCCUGGAAGUGCUUAUCUGCUUCUUCACCCUCUGGUCAGUAGUGGGUUUAACUGGCUUCCACACCUUCCUGGUAGCACUGAACCAGACAACCAAUGAAGAUAUUAAGGGGUCAUGGACUGGGAAGAACCGUGUGCAGAAUCCCUACAGCCAUGGAAACAUUGUGAAGAACUGCUGUGAGGUGCUGUGUGGGCCUCUACCACCUAGCGUGUUGGAUAGACGGGGCAUCUUGCAUCAGGAGGAAAGCAGUGCUCGGGAGGAAAGCAGCGCUCGAGGGCCCAGCAUGCAGAAAGAGAGCAGUGCUCAGGAGCCUGGCACCACUCAGGGGCUCGGUGCGCAGGAGGACAGUGGUUCCCAGAAGGGCCGCAACAGCCCUACACAUCAUGCUGCCGUCCCCUUGCCACCACUGAACAGUGUUAAAACACCGGAGGAGACUCAGCCGACUGUUGUGGAGCCCCCAGCCCAACCUGGGGAUGAUGGUCAAGCAGAGCACUAGCCUGUUUGAGCAGGCGAACUUUCUUGUUUUGUCUGAUCAAAGCUGGAAGCGAUUGAGGAAAGGAGAUGAUGGGCCGGAUGGUGUGCAAGCGCGCGAGUCCUCAUGGCUGUUUUGCUUUAGUCUUUAUCAACUUCUGUGUGGGGCUGGUACGGUGCAGACUGCAGAAUGCCUGGCACAGGUGCCAGUGGAUUGAGUGUGAGCAGAGCAUGUCAGUCGUUUCACUGGGUCCAUCUCUACCCUUGCAGCUGGUCUCCCUGCGUGGCUGAAUUGGGACCUGCUUGAUCUGUGGUUGGUCCUCACCGGUUAAACACUAGUCCCUUUGGUUUUGAUCAUCUCUCUGCCAGGUCCCAGCUGUGGCCUAUGACUGAUCAGCUACCUUGUAGUGGAGUUGCCCAGACUACGGCAGAAUCGACCUGCUCCCUGUUGCUAAAGAAUCAUGAUGGGAAGGAGAAUGCAUCCAUAGUGGUAUUCUUCUUCCUCCUCCUUCCCCCAGACUGUGAUAUUGUUUUAUUGCUUAAGGUGGCAGGGAUGGCCAGGAAAUAUUAUUUUGUUGCCAAAAGGGCCAAAAUCCACAGGGGAGGUGUUCUGUUUGGAAACGCUUUUUAAGUAGCUCUCUUCCCAGACUUCUCUCUCUCUAUAUGGUGCCACAGGUGUAAGAGCACAUAGGGGAUAGUCUUUACAUGGCAGCCUCCUUUUCUUUCCAUGGGAGCCCAGGCUGGGUUUCCCAGGGUGGCUAGCAGCAGCAUACUGUUCUGCUACAUGUCUUGGCCCUGCAGUACAUGCAGAUUGGUCACGGUAGGAGUAAAGCAGAAGGGAGGAGCCCUUGGGUGUCUGGCUCCAGUGCUGAAGUUGGGGCAGUAUUUGUUAUUUGGUGUCUUCUCCUUUCUAGUGUCUAUCCCAAGUGAGGGUGCUUCCCUAGGGAAGCUGUGCGGGGGCUGAGUAGCCCUUGCUCUCAGGAAGUUUAAUCUCAAGUUCACUCUUUUUUUUCCCUUUCUCCCUCCAUCUCAGUCUCCCCCACUGGCUUUUCAGUGUUCUCUGAGCCCCCUCUCCCCUGCUCACUAGUGCUUGCAGACUACUCUGUAUACAGACAGAUGAAGAGGGGUUUUGUUAAGGACUUGGCCUUGGCCUUGGCCUUGGCCUAGUUGUGACCCAAGGAGUGAAAUGGGGAAACUCCCAGGACCUCCUAGGGGCUCUGGUAGGCCACUGUGGAGUGCUUGGGCAAAUCUCCCUGGCUCUUGCUUGACUCCAUCUGUCUGAUCUCCAUACAUAAUGGAUUUUUCUGGUAGGUACCCAGCCCUCAUCACAGUAUUUCAUGGCCACAUCCUACCUAUCUGUAGCAACUCACAUUGGCAGGGCCUGCUGUUGCAGGAGGAGCUGUCUGGCACCUCACUGCUCCUGCCCUAUGUGACCUAGUCCCAGUCAGUGGGAUGGGAGAAGUCUGUACUAGAAGACAAUUCUACUAUGUCUCCUUUAUAGCAAUUCAUCUCACUUCCUCCUUCUCCCCUUUUCUCCCCCUCCCUCCCUCUUAGAGAUGGCUCUUUCAAGGGAAUCCUGCAAUUUCCAGCCCCUGGAGAUGGAUUCCUUUUGUGCAUCUUCAUGGGAGAUGGUGCUGCUUGCUGCCAGCUUAUCUGAGGCAAUUUCCAUCUGUCCCCAGACCCAGUGCCUGGUGACUUACUGGAGGAAGGAAGGGCAGCCUUUUCUUCUCCUCCCCUAUCACUUGUUCUUUGACUUUCCCUGCAAGCUGCUGAGGGCGAAAGGAGUUGGGCCUAGUGCUGAAAGUCACUUGGGUCUCCAGCAUUAAUAAGGAGCUCCACAUUUCUCUCACAUUCCUCCCACUCCUUUGCCCCCAUGCCCACUGCCCUGUGUGUUUCUCAGUUGACAUUGGGUUUGAUGCUUCAUUUGCUCUGCUUUGCUUAGGAUGGGUGACCUGCACCAUGUUCCAUCUCCUGCCCCUGCAGUCUGUGUGCAGAGCAGCACUGAGCUCUCUGGGGCAGGGGGUGCUGCUGCCUACCAAAAACUCUGUUGGUAGGCAGCAGCACCUCCUCCCCCCCUGCCUGAGAAGUGCUGUGUAGACUUUGGGGAGGAGCAGGAAGUAGGACUUCCAUCCUGCUACUAGGAGUAGGAUGCACAGGCUUGCUAUCCCAUUAGGAUCCCCUUAGCUUUGCUGGCCUGGAUGGCCUGGUCCCAUGUCCAUUCAGCCCUAAAGGACCUCUCUGUGUGAUCCUGAUCUAUCCUGCAAACAGGGGCUAAGUUUUUGCAUGUCUGCUCUUCUCUUUUUCCUACACCUUGAGCAGGGCUCAAAGCUGCCAUUUCCUUUCAACUACACUGCAGGCAGUACUUCCUAGUGCCUGUCCCCUCCAAGAUCUGCCUCCUCAUUGUGGAUGAACAUAGAGAAGGAGCCAUGAGUCUGACUGACCUUCUAGUAUUGCUGAGCCCUCAGCCAGGUUCUGGUUCCCCAUAUCCCACUCUCUGGAACCAUUAUUCCUGCAGCAUAGGCUCAGGUGUCUGCCACUAUUGGUGCUCUGCCCUGGCCCAUGCUAUUGCCCUCUGCUGAAACUGUGGUGGAGGCAGCAGCCAGUCCUCUCCUGCCUGUCCUGCCACACUACUGACCAAAUCUCUUACUUGUUGCAAAAAAUGUAUUUUUGUUUUUACUAAUCUAUUUUCUAAUGUUAUGUGUUAAACUUUGCCCACGGGGGCAGGGCACAGACGCUGCUGGCACCUGCCGCUCCUUGUCUGCUCUGUUCAGGUUCCAGUGAAGGAAGCUUUUUUGGAAACAGUAAUGAAGGAAUCUUAAUCAGUUUGAAAACCCCUGAGGUGUGGCCUGUGCCUCUCUGCGUCUGCCUGCACCUCACUCUGCCCCACCAGGCCCUUCUGUGCAGCUCAGCCAGCUGUUGGUGUACAGCCCUGUUCUGUGCUCCUUGCUGGGUCUGAUGGUAAGCAUGUCUCCCCUCUGCCAGCCACCAAGGAUGCUGCACUUUAUUGUUACUUUCCUAUUUUGACUCCUGCCUUUUCUCUGGAUACCAGCCAGGGGCAGUGGCCCUGUUGACCCCAGGGGCUGAAGGUAGCUGUGCUUGUGAGGCCCUCCAGGUUGCUGCUGGAGGGCCUACUUCCCUUCUGUGAUGGGGAGCUUUCACUUACUCCCAAACGGCAUUUCCUCUGCCUACCCAGCGUUCCCUCUAAGCUGUGCAGGUGUGCUCAUGCUGUGCUGCCAGGCGCGCCUGUGCGGCUGUGCACACCACACAGCUUAGAAGGAGUGCAGCUCAUUGGCCUUGGGAAAUGACAGCUCAGCACGGGAACCAAGGAGACAUUACAAGGGCAAAGUCUUCUAGCUAGAUGCAAAGUCCAAUCUUGCAUAACAUACACGGCAGAGCGGGUCUGACCUAGGGUGUGCUUGCAUGGCCAAAGGCAGCACCACCUGGAUCUAGCUCAGUGCUAGCACUGAAUCAAAAGCAGUAUAGCCAUGUAUGUGCAGCACUGACCUUGCUGUUCUGAGAAGCAGAGCAGAUUAACUCAUCCACAGUACCCUGCUCCCAUGUCUAUACUACUUCUCAGUGUGCGAUUAUGGGGCUAUUCCAGCAGCUUCCUUCUGCCAUAUAAACAUCCUGAUGUUCUCUGCCA